UAACAAAAUAGAAUCACAUUUUGUUGUUUCAUUUUCUUUGCUCCGUAAGAUAAUCAUAAAGAUAACCUUCUUAACAGAAAUCUAAUAGUUAUAAACAAAGUCGAGUAGAUAUAUUUCAAAAGGUUUUUUGUUUAUAUCUUGAACAUUUACUCUACAUUGCUGUUGUAAUAUGGCAUUUAUUAGAUCUUUACUUAAAACGAAAUAUAUCAGUCACUUGAAAAUAUUUUCAAAGAUGGAAUAUAGCAGCUAUCAACCAACUAAGAGUCUAGAAUCUAACAACUCCAACAUACAAGAUAUCAAUGGUGAUUGGCAUUCAAAUACUAACGAUCUUGAUGAAAAAUGUCUUCUUAUUCAUAGUAAUUUAGUAUUUUGCUACUCUUUCAAAAACGGAGUUGAUAGCUCCUAUAAGAACUUAAUUGGAAAUACAUUACCAUACUUUUUUGCUGUGGCUUUUAUGAGCGAAGAAAAAAGGGAAAACGUUAAAGGACACUUGAUAGAUAAGCCAAUUGUAGAAUGGCCUACUCAUUUUAAGAGACAUAAACUAGAUGUGGGUAGGUGGAGAAGAUUAGAAGGUUUCGUUGAUAUGAUACCACAGAUAGAAAGCAAUUCUACUCUUUCAAUAAUAGAGCGUUUGGAGAUAGCGUUAAAUUCUAUGAAAUUGUUAGUCUAUCUGGAAGAUUCAAGACAAAAAAUCGAAAUGAAUGAUUUAUUGGAAGAAAUGUCUGUUCAAGGAUCAUCUCUGUCGGCUGAAAGCGAACAAGCUUUUACAAAGUUUCUGAAUUCCCUAUUGAAAACACCAUGGAAAGAGAAACUUGUCAAGAAAUAGUGGAAGCAAUCGAUUAAAUUUCAUUUAUGAACAAUUCUUGUUGCUUGCAGUAUGGGAGAGUAUUGAAGGAAUGAAUCCUUCAGACACAUACAAAGUGUUCAUAUCUCAGUAAUAAGCUUUAAACAAACAUAGUAGCAUAAACAAUGACACCGUUGUUUAUCUAACAAAUGUAAUAAAAUAAAUUUUAACUAACUAAUUAAUGGCAAAAUUGAUUUAGAGAGUGAGAGAGUGAAAGAAAAUGUAUUGUAUUAAAGAAUCGGCUUUAGUCAAGUACACAUUAUACUUUAUACAAAAUCCGUUACUGUAAUCCUUACCUUAUCUUUAUACCGCUUAAGACUAAUCUUGUUAAUUUCUGCAAUUCUAAACCUUUCGUGUUACUCUAAAAAUUUCUAGGGUGACAUUAUAGAAGCAUAAAAACGUUAUUCUUGUAUUUCAACAAUUGUACAUUUAGAUUAUAAAGGAGAGGUCUUGCACACUAUGCAUUCUACAUUUAAAAAUAUAUAUAUACAUAUACAGUAUAUGCGGUAUAUCAUUCAUAGCAAGUAUACAGUAAAUGAGAAAUCUAAGAGACAGAGGGGAGAGGGAGAGGGAGCGCUAACAGAUUAGGGUAGAAUAAUAAGUAUAAUCAUUUGCAAAAUGUUAAAUAGAUUUCGCACCUAUGAUUUUCUCAAAUUAUUUUG